UGACAUUUUAGAUUGAAUAUUUGAAUUCUACUCCAGUCGUUCGAUCACUUUUUCCUUUCCUGUUUUGUCUCUUGUUCUUCUUCUUCAUUUUUUUAUUGUUAUUAUUAGCUGUUGGUGGUGAUUUCUGACAUUGCUCCCGCUCGAAGCAACAGCAGGGUAGAAUUCGUUUGCAGCUCACGAAAAUGGAUCUCAGAGGAUUGGUUGUGGUAGGCAUAUUAUUUUUGGACCUUUAUCGGGUUGCUUACGGAAAUUUAUCGUUUCCGGUGGUGCAUAAAUUCAAAGGUCGUCACAGGAGUUUAAGUGCAUUCAAAGCUCAUGAUGAUCGUCGUCGCGGUAGAUUCCUUUCUGCGGUUGAUCUCAGCCUUGGCGGCAAUGGCCUUCCUUCUGAAACUGGGCUAUAUUAUACAAAAGUCGGGAUUGGGUCUCCCCAAAAGGACUACUAUGUGCAAGUUGAUACAGGAAGUGACCUUCUAUGGGUAAACUGCAUUGAAUGCACGGAGUGCCCCAAGAAGAGUGAUCUUGGGAUAGAGCUAACACUAUAUGACUCAAAGACCUCCAAUUCUUCAAAACCAGUUUAUUGUGAUGGAGACUUUUGCAAAUCCACUUACGACAAUCAAGUCUCUGAUUGCAAGCCUCAAAAGUCCUGCCUAUAUAGUAUAACUUAUGGAGAUGGAGGCACAACUUCGGGAUACUUUGUGAAGGAUGAUCUUGUAUUUGAUGAAGUCAAUGAUAACCUUCAUAGUGAACCGGCAAAUAGUGGUGUAAUUUUUGGGUGUGGAGCUAAACAAUCUGGGGGCUUAGGUUCAUCAUCUGAUGAAGCCCUCGACGGAAUUAUAGGUUUUGGACAAGCAAAUUCAUCCGUGCUUUCACAACUUGCUGCAUCCGGAAAGGUGAAAAAAAUAUUUUCACACUGCCUCGACAGUAUUCGUGGAGGUGGAAUUUUUUCUAUAGGGGAAGUGAUGGAGCCGAAAUUCAACACAACUCCAUUGCUUUCUGGACAGGCACACUACAAUGCAGUCUUGAAGGAUAUUGAAGUCAAUAAGGAAUUUCUACAGCUUUCCUCAGGCAUACUGGAUUUUGGAGAUGACAUGGCAACUGUAAUAGAUAGUGGCACAACCUUGGCUUAUCUUCCUGAAACAGUUUAUGAACAACUAAUAGACAAGAUUAUGGCGGGGCAGUCUGGAUUGAAGUUGCUUCUUGUGGACAAUCAAUUUACAUGUUUUGAGUAUUCAGGAAAUGUUGAUGAUGGAUUUCCAGUGGUCAAGUUUCAUUUUGAGAACUUAACUCUGACGGCUUAUCCUCACGACUACUUAUUCAAGACUAAAGACAGCGAGUGGUGUGUUGGCUGGCAGAAAAGUGCGGCGAAAACUAAAAAUGGAAAGGAUAUGACUCUUCUUGGAGAUUUGGUGCUAUCGAACAGACUAGUCGUAUAUGAUCUUGAAAAUAUGACUAUUGGAUGGACUGAAUUCAACUGCUCUUCCGGCAUUAAGGUGAAGGACGAAACGUCUGGAAAAGUAUAUGUCGUGGGUGCCCACAAUAUAUCAUCAGCUUCCACUGUAUUGUUUGGAAGAAUACUGGCAUUGCUUUUGUUGCUAAUUGUCAUGCCAAACAGUGCAAUGAGCUAACUCUUUAAAUACAUGAAUUAGAUGCAAUUUAUUCAGUAUUUGUUGUUAGGUUCUUUAUUAAGAAUAUAAUAUGUAGAUAUUUUUAUUUUUUUCCCUCGUA